AUGAGUAUCGGGUUUUAUGCUGUUGCAAUAACAGUCGUCGAUUUUGAGACAUCGGAAAGUAUUCAGCCAUUAUCACGUGUACCUAUUCAAUUUCUACUUCACAUCUGGGAUUCAACGACCAAUCUGUGCAAUACCCCACCACUUUAUCUUGGCGAUGUUUCGCCCGAUGAAUGUAUUUUUGUUGCUCCUGGACAAAAUCUAAGUGUACUCCUGCGAAUUCAAGUUAAAUGUGCAAAUUCAACACUCUCUAACAUUAUUGGAGUUUAUCCUCAAGGUUUUUCGCAAUCAUCCAUUUAUCAGGAUCCGUAUGACAAAACAAUCAACAUAUUUAUGGUGAAUUACUCAGCAAGUGCCAGUCAAGUUGGACAGAAUUUGUUUUGUUUUGCCGGCGUUGAUUCAAUCGGAAAUCAAGCAGACUCGACAUGUCUACGAUUUACUGUCCAAGUGCCAUUAUCGAGUCUGAAUACGUUGUAUUUUAAAAAUGCUACACGCUUUCCAACUGGUACAGUGUCUAAAUAUCAGUCAAAUUGGACGUUAUUAUAUCCGUCUAAUACGACGUACGUACGGCCAACAACGGAGGCACUUAUUCGCUUCAAGUUAUUAUCAACUCAGCAAGAUUAUUUCACGCUAAAUGUUGUAACUCAACCGAGUAAUGUACUCUAUCUAUCUGAUAGACUCCUCAUGUACACCACGACUUUGUUUUUGCCUGGUCAAAAUUAUUGUAUAAUAUUCGAUCCAGGAGUAUUUUUACCAAUUGCAACAUGUUUUAGAGAUUCAAUGGGAAUUACAGACACAUCAUUUUGGACAAUUAAUAUUCCAGCGGAAGCUCCAACAACGCUAAUAACCACAACGACAACAGUAUCUAGUACAACGACAUUAAAAAUUCGAACGGUGAGUAGAACAUGUGGAUUGACUAAAUUGACUCUCAUUUAUUUUCCCUUUGAAGGCUCCAAUAAUGAGAACAAUUUCUUAUAUCGAAUCGACUACUUCAACACUACUAAUCACCACUACUCAACUGACUACGUCUUUUUCAAUGACGACAGAGAGAACUAUCAUGAUCUCCACAUCAUUUCCAGUCAGUGGAAUCAUCAGCUUGUUAAUAGGUAGUCUCGUCUUACUAUUCAUUCUCAGUCUAAUAAUUUUCAAACUUAUCAGUUAUCUCAACUAUUUAUGUAUCCGGUCGGUAAUUAAGACGUUCUUUAAGCAGACUGACAUAGUUGAUGAAAAGGAAGAAGGAAAGACUACCAGUCGUUUGUUAUACGCUCGUCGUAGCAUCGCAGCUGUUGUUCAACACUACCGUUUAGCGACUCGAAACAAUCGAUCCAAGUCAAAAAGAUAUGAAAGGACUGAUAAAGACAGUCCAACA